UCCUACGUCACGGCCCAACCUAAUUUAGAGAGAGAAAAGAAAACCAACAGCAAGGAUUAGAGAGAGAGAGAGAGAGAAGCCCUAUAUUGUCCGCUAUCGUGGUUUCGAUUGGAUUGAAGCGUGCGUGGGGACGGCAUCCAUGACCCCUUUCCUCUUCCCCUCCCCCCUCUUCUCCUCCUCUUCCCCUCUGUCUCUGAUUCCAAUUUGUUAGAUAGAAACCCUAGAGAUCGAUUCUCGUCUGGGAAAUCCUAGGUUCCGAUCUCCUUUGCUGUAUAUAUUUCGUCUCUGUUUUUUGGACCGAUCGAUUGGGUGAUGCGAGUCGGUCUGUUUUCUUGCUGUCUUGCGUGAAUCUGUGAGGAUUCGAGAGAUCGGAGGGGGUUUAUCUAUUUUUUGCGGUCGCUGGUGUUUUUUUUUCCUUCGGGAUUUCUUGUUCGUUGUAAAAAAAUCUGAUUUUUAGGGUUAGGGUUUGAAAUCGGGGUGUGGGUUUCUUGAAUCUGGCCGCGGCAAUGGAGCCCCGUGUCGGGAACAAGUUUCGGCUCGGUCGCAAGAUCGGGAGCGGGUCUUUUGGAGAGAUCUAUUUAGGUACUAAUACUCAAACGAACGAAGAGGUUGGCAUUAAACUCGAAAAUGUCAAGACAAAGCAUCCCCAGUUGUUAUAUGAAUCAAAACUAUACAGAAUUCUACAAGGAGGAACUGGGAUUCCGAAUGUGAGAUGGUUUGGUGUUGAAGGUGAUUAUAAUGUCCUUGUGAUGGAUCUACUUGGACCAAGCCUUGAAGACCUUUUUAACUUCUGUAGCAGAAAGCUGUCUCUGAAGACUGUUCUUAUGCUUGCGGAUCAGAUGAUCAACCGAGUGGAGUUUGUUCACUCCAAGUCCUUUCUGCAUCGAGACAUCAAACCAGAUAAUUUUCUUAUGGGCCUAGGGCGACGGGCUAAUCAGGUGUAUGUCAUUGAUUUUGGACUUGCCAAGAAAUAUAGAGAUACUACGACUCACCAACACAUUCCAUAUAGAGAGAACAAAAACUUGACUGGGACAGCAAGAUACGCAAGUGUAAACACUCAUCUUGGCAUAGAACAAAGCAGGAGGGAUGAUCUCGAAUCUCUUGGAUAUGUUCUCAUGUACUUCUUAAGAGGAAGUCUUCCAUGGCAGGGUUUGAAAGCAGGAACCAAGAAACAGAAGUAUGAGAAGAUCAGUGAAAGAAAAGUUGCCACAUCAAUUGAGGCUCUGUGUCGGGGAUAUCCUUCAGAAUUUGCAUCGUACUUCCAUUAUUGCCGCUCGCUACGUUUUGAAGAUAAGCCAGAUUAUGCAUAUCUCAAGAGAUUAUUUCGGGACCUUUUUAUCCGUGAGGGAUUUCAGUUUGAUUAUGUGUUUGACUGGACCAUUCUGAAAUAUCAGCAGUCACAGAUUUCCAGUGCUCCUCCACGUGCUCCUGGUCUUGGUGCUGGACCUAGCUCUGGCUUGGCCCCUGCAGUUGCUAAUGAUAGGCAGUCAGGUGGUGAGGAAGGAAGAACAAGUGGUUGGUCGGCAAUGGAUCCUUCUCGUCGACGUGUUUCAGCUCCAGCUCCAGCUCCAGCUGCAAAUGUGGGCAGCUUAUCAAAGCAGAAAACCCCAAUGAGAAAAGAUCCAACUGCUACUAAAGAUGUGAUGUUAUCCAGUUCAACUUUUUUGGGGCGGUCAAGCGGAUCUUCAAGGCGUGCUGCUGUUUCUAGCAGCCGAGAUGUUGCUGCUAGUGAAUUUGACCCAUCUCGGACUCGUACCACCGAGGCAAGCGCUGGGACAUUCCUCAAACUUUCUGGUGCUCAGAGAAGUCCCCCAGUUAGCUCUGCAGAGCAUAAGCGAACUUCGUCCGGGAGGCAUCCAUCUAACAUCAAGAACUAUGAGUCCACCCUCGAAGGCAUUGAGUGCCUUAAUUUCGACAGCGAUGAGAGGGUUCAGUAUUAGUGUUGCUAGUCAGCUGCUGCAACUUAUGCUUUGGUCAUCUGUAUAAAAAUAUGAUAAACUGGAGAACAAUAUGUGCUCGGCCAUGUUUCCCAUUAAGAGUCUACGUGGGAAGCUGUUGUGAGUUGGGUCGGAGGUGGCUGCUGAUUUGAGAAGGGGGUCCCAAAGACGGUGCAAAAUAAGAAAGGCAGGUCUAAAGGGGUUACGGCACCUAACCAUGCCGCUGCCAAUGGUAAGGCUGCUUGUACGCGUUCUGAGGCAUUGCUACGGCUUCCUCCUGAUGCCAUUCGUGUUAUUUGAUCAUAUUGCUUGGAUCCCCCCCCCCCCUCCCACCGCCCACCCACCCGGAAUCCACAUUUGUCUGUGGUGUUAAUCAUUUAAUGAUACUUGUUUGCAUACAAAAACCACUUAAAUUUUUUGUAUUUAAUUAACAAUAUUAGGACUCUAGGUGUGUUGAACAAAUUACCUGUGCCUCUUUCUGCUCGAGGAUGUAUUAUCUGCAUGCUCGGAGCUCCUUGUAUUUGUUUGCAGUACUUUGAUUCUCGUGCUAUGAUUCCGUCCACAAAUUGAACAAGGAUUUCUGUUCUUAUUGAGCC